GGGACCAUGCCUGCCGCCGCGCCGCCGCCCCCCUUGCGUCCCGCCGCGGGGCCGGCGCCCUCCUGCGGCUGCCCCUGCUCCCGCCACCACCCCGAACCUCGAGGAUUUUUUGACCACUCUUUAAACUGCAUAACGGAGAGAAGACUACAGGGCACUUGCCCACCAAUUGGCCGUGGAAGUUUUGGGAAGCCGUUCUUUGGUACAAACUGUUUCAGUUCCCCAUUUAUUAAUUCCCGGACUGGUUUCCACACAAUUCAUUCCGAGAACAGCCCGGUAAAGCCGAGGAUUGUCACUGUCGUAAAACCUUGUGGGCACACAGUGAGGAAGAUAACACUGCUCCUAAAUCGGCGAUCUGUCCAGACAUUUGAACAACUGAUCGCUGACAUCUCAGAAGCCCUUGGGUUUCCACGCUGGAAGAAUGACCGUGUGAGAAAACUGUAUAAUCUGAAGGGAAGAGAAAUCCGAAGUGUUUCUGACUUCUUUAGAGAAGGCGAUGCCUUUAUCGCUAUGGGAAAGGAGCAGCUAACCCCGAAGAACCUGGAAGCAGCAAUCCAAGAGCUUUUCCCUGACAACCCCUAUGCACCUCGUACUGGAACCACACAAAACUGGGAGCAAACUCAGAAACCCAAAAACAGACUGUAUGAAAAGUCUUCCAAAUUGGAAAAGAGCCUUGAGCCCAUAGCUGCCAAGAACUGUCCGGAUGCCAUAUCUCCUAAAUUAAUUAACAGGCAUGAAGUGAAAGCUCAAACCAAAGUCAGGCAAGAGGAGAAGGUGAGGACCAAAAAGAGGUGGGUCAGAGAUAACUGGGAUGAAGAGCAAGAUGCAAAGCCAUCUAGAAAAGCGAGAGAAAGCGAGAGAUAUUUUAAUCAAGAGAAAUGCCUUGAAAGUGAAGCAGAAAAGAGUUCAGACAUGAUAGUGAGAUGUGAGAAGUGCCAAAGAGAAAGGGAACUCAGGCAAAAAUUGCAGAAGGAAAGACAGACUGAUCUUCCAUUUGAGAGCAGGGACUUGAGCAUGAGAACGUGUCAGAGAUACCAUGUAGAAAGGCCAGUGAAAUUGAGAAAUUGCAGGAAAUUGUCAGAAAGCUCAGCGGAAGAGGGCAAAAUUACAUGGAACGAUGCUGCUUGUCAAAGUACCUGGACAGCCCCUCUCAGCCAUGCCAAAAAAGACUCAGAGAAGCAAAAAAGGAGCGUUGACAGGGAGCAAACUCUGGAAAGCCAUAAGAAUCGUGAUGAAGAACUGGGAAAGAUGAAGCCCAUAGAGAGUCAGCGUACCAUAGUAGGAGAUGCCUAUGAAUUAAAGAAGGAGCACCGAAAAUGUUCUAGAGUGAACCAAAGCUGCUGGUUGAUCAAGGGUUCUCGGACAGAUACUGAAAAACCAUUGAAAAUUCAGGGGAAUAGGGAAGAGGUACGGAAAUCGAAUGAGGAAGCUAAUGGAGGAGAAGAGAAAGUAGGUCAUAGUGAGGGUGAACUGAUUAGGCAUGAAAGGGAGGAAGAACAUAAAGUCAACAAAGAGAUUAACAAGACGCGUAGGGCCAGUGACGCAAAGCUGAGACAUGAUGUCUCAAGCCGAGCAGAUGUGGAGAAGAGUUAUGAGAUUGGCAGAACCAUUGGAGACGGGAACUUUGCUGUUGUGAUGGAGUGUCAUCACCGCAACACUAAUCAGAACUAUGCAAUGAAAAUCAUCGAUAAGUCCAAGCUGAAAGGAAAGGAAGACAUGCUUGAAAAUGAAAUACUGAUCAUAAAGAGCCUUUCCCACCCAAACAUUGUCAGUUUGAUUGAAGUAUUUGAAACCGAUGCAGAAAUAUACCUAAUCUUGGAGUACAUUCCCGGUGGGGACCUGUUUGAUGCCAUAAUCGAGAGUGUGAAAUUCACAGAACGUGAUGCUGCUCUCAUGAUAACUGAUCUUUGCGAAGCUCUCGUCUAUAUUCACAGCAAGAACAUUGUCCACAGAGAUCUUAAGCCAGAAAAUCUUCUGGUCCAGCGUAAUCCCGACAAAACUACCACAUUGAAACUAGCAGAUUUUGGCCUUGCAAAACAGGUGACCAAACCCAUAUUCACCGUGUGCGGAACUCCAACUUACGUUGCUCCUGAAAUACUGGCUGAGACUGGCUAUGGACUAGAAGUGGACAUGUGGGCUACUGGCAUUAUACUCUAUAUUUUGCUUUGUGGAUUCCCCCCCUUCCGGAGUCAUGAAAGAGAUCAAGAGGAGCUGUUUCGAAUCAUACAACUUGGGCAUUAUGAAUUUCUCUCACCAUACUGGGACAAUAUUUCGGCAGCUGCAAAGGACCUGAUCAGCAGACUCCUUGUGAUUGACCCCCAGAAGCGCUACACCGCCCAGCAAGUUCUUCAGCACAUGUGGAUCCACACAGCAGGGAAAAACAGCAGCAGGAACCUUCAAAGGGAGGUGACCAUCAAUCUUGAACGCCACUUCCUGAGCCAGCGCAAGGCUGAAGCUAGCAACAAAGACUCGUAAAAGGUGCAUCCAGGUGUACUGAAUGAGCCCACUGUAAAAGCACACUUACCAUAUACCCUUAAGGACUGAGCUCAGGGGAAAUCCAUUAUUCCUGUAUGAAGACAAAGCCUGCUGUGCCCCCAAACUGAUUGGCUAGUUUCCUGUGAUGUUAUGUGCCCCAUUUCCUUCUUUCUACAG